AUGGCCUACGACCGCUACGUUGCCAUCUGCAAGCCCCUGCACUACGGGAGCCUCGUGGGCACCAGAGCUUGUGCCCAGAUGGCGGCAGCUGCUUGGGGCACUGGAUUUCUCAACGCUAUCCUGCACACAGCCAAUACAUUUUCCCUGCCCCUCUGCCAAGGCAAUGCUGUGGACCAGUUCUUCUGUGAGAUUCCUCAGAUCCUCAAGCUCUCCUGCUCAGAUGCCUACCUCAAGGAAGUUUUGGCUCUUGUGUUUAGUGUUUCUUUAGGCUUUGGUUGUUUUGUUUUCAUUGUCUUGUCCUAUGUGCAGAUCUUUAGGGUGGUGCUGAGGAUGCCCUCUGAGCAGGGCCGGCACAAAGCCUUUUCCACGUGCCUCCCUCACCUUGCCGUGGUCUCCCUGAUGGUCAGCACUGGCAUGUUUGCCUACCUGAAGCCCCCCUCGAUCUCCUCCCCAUCCCUGGACCUGGUGGUGGCAGUUCUGUACUCAGUGGUACCUCCAGUAGUGAACCCUCUCAUCUACAGCAUGAGGAACCAGGAGCUCAAGGAUGCAGUGAGAAAACUGUUUCUUUGGACAGGGACCAUUUCCAAAGUGGGGCAAGCUGAUGGGUUCUGGCUCAGCUGUUUGAAGCAUGCUACACUUGAGUUUUUCAGCCUGAGUUUGCAAGAGAUGACCCACGAAGAUAAAUGGAUGUUCAAGUGUCUAGUAGGAAUGAGGGAAAGUGUCAUGGGUUUCCAAUGGCCAUUUCAAAUCUACGUCAAUCCCAAGAACCCACUGAACUAG